AUGCUGCUUUCUCGUGCGUUGAGGCCAAUACAGCUCCCUUCGAGGCUUGCGGCACGGCCAAUUGCCUUGUGUAGACGAUGUAUCUGGUCAGCAGCACCAGCGAGCUCUAGAGGCCAUCCGCUGAGAAGAGACAACUCGGCUGUACCGUACAAUUCUCUUGUCAUCAAACGCCUCAACCACCAAGCAGGCAGCAACACCGAUAAAGAAGUGGCAGAGAAACAAAAGGCCACCCCGGCCGUCCACGAGGACAUAUACACGAUACCAAAUUUCCUUACCGUGACACGAAUCGCUGCAAGUCCCGUCAUCGGAUACCUCAUACUACAAGAUGCGAAUACCUGGGCUGUAGGCUUGCUGGCAUACGCUGGCCUAUCAGAUUUGGUGGACGGGUGGAUAGCGAGGAGAUGGAACCGCAGAACAGUUGUAGGGACGAUCAUCGAUCCAAUGGCGGAUAAAAUUCUCAUGACCAUAUUGACGGUGUGCCUGGCCGUCAAGGGAGCAUUGCCAGUGUGGGUUGCUAGUAUUAUCCUUGGCAGGGAUGUUGGACUGGCUAUUUCAGCCAUUUACUGGCGCUGGGUUUCAUUGCCGCCGCCCAAAACGUUUUCACGGUACUGGGAUUUCUCACUGCCAUCAGCCGAAGUUCGACCCACCACAAUCAGCAAAUACAACACUUUCCUUCAACUGGCCUUGGUUGGUCUAACAACCGCAGCGCCGAUCUUGAGCGUUGACUUGGCGCAGACACUCACAAUUUUGCAAUAUAUCGUGGCUACUACUACCAUUUGGAGUGGAGCGAGCUACAUUUUCUCAAAGGAUGCCAUCAAGAUCCUAAACAAGCCUUGA